UUGAUUGAAGCGUUCCGAGUCCGACAAUUGUACCCACUAGGCCACUAGAAAAGAAAAAGAUAACACAAAGACUUUCCAAACCAGAAAGCUUCUACAUCAGUUAUUAUCAUCAGAGUUCAGAACUUGUCUUGAUUCAACACAUGGCGAGUGAUAGGAAAAUUGGUGUAGCUUUAGAUUUCUCCAAGGGAAGCAAGAUUGCUCUCAAAUGGACUAUUGACAACCUUCUCCGCCACGGUGACACUCUCUAUAUUGUUCACAUCAAUCAUUCACAAGGCACUGAAUCUCGUAAUCUUCUAUGGUCAACCACUGGUUCUCCUCUUAUCCCGUUGUCGGAGUUUCGUGAGAAGAACGUGAUUCAUCAGUAUGAGGUGGAACCUGAUGCUGAGGUUUUGGAUAUACUUGAUACUGCUUCUAAACAGAAACAGGUGACUGUGGUGGCGAAGGUGUAUUGGGGAGAUGCAAGAGAGAAAAUUUGUGAGUCUGUUGGUGAUUUGAAGCUUGAUGCUUUGGUCAUGGGUAGCAGAGGUUUGGGUGCCAUACAAAGGGUAUUGAUGGGGAGUGUGUCUACUUAUGUGACUUCAAAUGCAACUUGUCCAGUAACAAUUGUGAAAGAAUGAGUCUCUUCUACUGUCUGAUAUCUUGCUGUGUUUGGUUGAUCUCGUUGCAAAUGGAUGUUCACUUUGUUCUUACAUGUACUUUAUUUAUGGUCUAUUAAGACUGGGUUGGUUUAUUAAGACUAUUUUAAGUUUAUAUAAGUGCUUAUGCUAAAGCCAAAAGUGUGUUAAUAAUUGAGCUUUGUGCUGGAUAUGUUUCAAAUUUGCUACCUAACAUGAUGGAGUGGAUUGACAUGUUUCAUAGUUGAUUCUUACUGUAUUUGUGUGUCAAAUAAUCAUCAAAGAGUUGCAAAUUCUUUGUUU